AAUUAAUGCAGGGAAAUGAAAACCUCAAAUCGACAAGUCUCUCCCGAGACCACCACCAGUUUGAUUCGGAUGAAAUCAACCCACCUCGCGGACAAAACUGUCUCCAAGGUGGCUGUACUUCCUUCACUCAUUCCCUGUAUAUAUGACCUUAUGGCUCUUCAGCAGUCACUCCUCUACCCGACGAAACCCUACUUACAGCCUUCCAGCAACAAAGCUAUGGAAACCACAAAACUGACCGCUCAUCAAGAAAGCAUGGAUAUAUGGUCAUGGAUUUGUGAACUUCCCGACUCGGAAGAUUGGUUCACGGAGUCAACCUCACUCAGUUAUCAACUCACAAGUUCCAAACCAAUCUCCAACUCUACCCAGACGUCGAUUCAACUCAGAGCUGAGAGAACAUUUGAGCCCAAAUCGGAAGUAUCGCUAACUUUCUCAGUCGUGUUCCAAAAGUACUCUGAUAGUACAGAGGCUGAAGCCUCGACUGCUACCCUCUGGGUUUCUGACAAGUGUCACCUUGCUCAAGACAAGCCAUUCUUGCCUCUGGUCCUCCAACUCCUCCAGGAGAUAAUCUCCCGUUCACCCAAUGCCCACGACAGCACCUGUCCCCGCUCACAGCUCCAGAAGCUCAAACCCGAGCCCAUUGCAUGGAUUCUGGACUCGCACUCCCCAGAAUCCUUCUCAAGCUUCUUCCACCUCAUCUUCCUUGCCCGACUUUUCUGGAUAUGCGUGUUUGACGCACCAUCUGAAGUCGGUUCUCUAUACUUCCAUUCAUUACUCGCUCCAAACUUGGGUGUAUUCUCGUGCAAGCAGGCGCCGGUCUUGAGAACUUUCUUUGUUUCAGUAGGGACCGACGUGGAGCUGUGUCUCAUGCGGGCUUUCGGAUAUAUGCUGGCAAAAUCAUUGAUUUUCCGUCAAGUCGGGGGCCUAGAGGCAGGAUUAAAAGCGCUAGCGCCUUCUGCAUCUCAUCGUCUUGGUUUCUCAUACGCAACGGAGUCUCAUGGGCUGUGGAUUCUGAAAGGCUACACUCCAGUCACAGCCAUGGACUGCGUAACAUCGAAUCGAAAUCCUAAUAUGCAUCAGUUUCCCGUGAUUGAACCCAAAGAAUCUGCGCUAAGAUAUUCUCUGGGACAUCAGCAGCUGGAGGCUGUUAUUCAGCUGGAGUACAAAGUCGAAUUCUGUGAUGCGUUUAUCCGAGUUCACGCACUUGUGGACAACAUUCGCCUCCACGUUGUAAAGCUAGGAUUCAAGAGCAAGGAGUCGGGCGAUGAUGAUGAUGUUUUGAGAAACGAGAGGCAUUUUCCAUCACGGGUUCGAGUUUGGGUUGGGCCCGAGAUUGGGGCCAGUUACGUGGGUGGUUUGAGUUUGGGCCGGUCUACGGACAACGUGGAGAGGGAGGUGGAAAUCCAAAAAAUCUUCAAGGGCAGUUACGGGAAAGAGAUAAAAACACCCAAGGUGAAGGGGGUGGCAAGAAUGGCAACGAGAACAAAAAUGAAAAAUUGGAGGUGGGACCAAGACGUGGAAGGAAAUGCAGGUAUUUUUGAUGGGAUGUUUUGCGACAAUACAACUGGGAAGGAGGUUGCCACGUGGAAGCCGUCUACUGGGGGCCGUGAAAAUUAUCUUGCGGUGAAUAGUUUCAUGAGAAGGUACGCGGGAGGGAACAGGGCGUUUACCAAGAGUGGAGGGGUGGUGUUCGCCGGCGAGGACUGCUGCGGCGGGAAUGGAGGAGUAGGGUGGAGAUUGAACAAGGAAAUGGAAGGGAGCGUGUUGAAAUGGAGAAUGGGUGGUCAAGUUUGGCUAACUUAUUGGCCAAGUGACGUAAAGAGUUCAUAUUAUGAGACAAAAUGUGUUGAGUGGUGUGAUGAGGUAGAUUUACCUUUAAUUCCUGCCAAAUAUAGGUAAACGUAGCAAGGGAGGUGUAUGCGAGGCAGAUAUGGUCCAUUGCAAAAGUGCUCAGAUUUCACAGUUUUUUCUUCCUUUGUUUUUUUCAGGGAAAGUUUCAUGGUGUGAUGUACUAUAAGCAUGCAGUAGCAUGUUCUGCCAUAUAGAUUCUAGACUCUAAGAUGCUUUCCUGUUUGUAAAAUACACUUAUGAAGUAAGUAAAUGAUAUUACAAAUUAUUAUUA